AUAUGGCUCGAGGACAUCAGAAGAUUCAAUCACAACAAAAAAAUGCAAAGAAACAGGCCGAAGCAAAGAAGAAACAAGGACAUGAUCAGAAAGCAGCAGCCAAAGCUGCCCUAGUAUUCACCUGUUCGGUCUGUAGGGUAAGAGACCAUUGCUUUUUAAAGGGACACUAUAAGCACCAAAACAACUUUCGCUUCAUGAAGCAGUUUGUGUGUGUUUCUGCAGUCUCACUGCUCAGUUCUCUGCCAUUUAGGAGUUAAAUCACUUUAUAUAAUUCUAAAACAUAGGUGCCUGUAUUGCACAGUCUGUUUAAUCUAGAUUUUAGCUCCUACUCUAAGGGCAAAGAGCAUGUGAAACCUCUAAAGCAAGUUAACAUUUGAUAGAAUUUUUUUUUUUAUUUUAUUUUUUUUCAUGCAGGCUGUGUGGGUCCCAGCUAGGGAAGGUGUGGCUAGGGCUGCAUAAACAGGUGAUUUUACUUCUAAAUGGCAGGAAACUAAGCAUUGAGAAUCCAGGGGCAUGAUCCAUAAACAAAAAAUGCUUCAUUAAAGGGACACUCCAGACCCAAAUCACGUUGGCUUCUUGGAAAGCUUUGUGUGAAGAGUGUGCUUUUUAUUUUUUUGCAAAACGUGCAGAUUUCUAUAGAAAUUGACACUUUUAUAUAUUAACCUGGUUACACCCCUCCCCCCGACUUUCAAAUUGACAAAAGGUCCUGUUAUUUCCUGGUUUGCUCAGUGGAGCUAAACUAAUGAGGCAGCUAUUGCGCAGAGCACCUGCCUUGCAUAGAUUUCUCAUUUGAAGUCUGCAAUAAGAGACCCACAGAAAGUCUGGGUGGGGUCAGAGGAGGGUUUGAAAAGGAAAGGUUUUGCAAACUGUUUUUAAAUAUACCCCCUAAUGGAAAAAAUGAAUUAUUAAAUGACUAAGUUUUCAUUUGGGGUAUAUUGACUAAAUUGUGAUUUUUUUUUUUUGAUUUUUUUUUUAAUUUAGCUUGUAUUUGGGCAUUGGGGUGUUCCUUUAAGAUAAACUCUUUUGAUGCCUAUAGUAUCUUUUUAAGAUUGCCCUUAAAGUGGCUCUGUCGAGGUCUGGGGUAUUUGCAUACAUUACCAAUAGUAACUGCUCUGCUUGGCAUCCGGUGGCUGUAUGGUACAGCGUAAAGAGAGGUAUCUGGUUUUGUGGUUUUUCUUUUUUCCUUUUCUCUUCUUUAUUACGCUUACCUGAACCUGUCCCUCGUGGCUGCUGCCGUGGUCUUCCUGCCAGUCAGUUUUAACUGACAGGAGCACAUGUUAAUGUUAAACUUUAGUGCAUGGGUUAACCCUGUUUUUAAGUCAAUGGAUGAGAUUGAGGUAUUUCCAUUGAAAGAGCCUUUCUAUGAGGGGAUAACUCUCCAAAUGUCUCUCACACAGCUGUGUAGCUUGAGUCACUAAAAAUGUACCAACUUACUAUAUAAAAUAUUAAAACUAUUUUAUGGUUAAAUUAAGAGCAAAAGUAUAAAGCCAAAUAGUUACUCUUUCAGGAUAGGGUCAUGUGUCUUUAAACAUAAAUAUCACUGUCCUCUUAAAGGAACAUGAUAGGUACAUAGACCACUUCAUUUUAAUAGUGCCAUGCCUCUGUUUUAGCCCUGCAACGGAAACCUAGCAGGAUUAACAUGCCACUAGUGGCUGUCUGACUCGCAGCCGCUAGAUGUUCCUCUGUCAAAGUAGCCGAGCUCAUUUGACUUGUGCAGUGUGGUGAUUUGUUAUGCAUGAACACUAGCCCCCCAGUGAUUUUCCUAUUAAGGGAGUUAUUUACUAGUGAUACUUAGAAUUAAAAAAAUAUUGUGACAGUGUUAGGCUUAAAAAAGUGCCCUGUAUGUCUUAUGUGUCCAAGGCUGUGUUAUUAGCCUGUGACGCUCAGACAUUCCAGAGAAUAUUCUGAGAAAUACAUGUACUUGUAUGCAGCAUUGUAAGAAUUGGUUUAUGGUGUAUCUGUUCUGUCUAUGGCAGGAAGCUGGGCAUACCUUGUAAAUCAAAAGGCCCCACCAGAGUGCCACAAGUACAUGCAUAUAGCACUUCUAAGCAAAUGCGGCACUAUUGAUGUUCAUUAUGUCUUAUAAUUUCUCUUACCGCUCAGGCUUUUCAGAAAUCAAACAUGGCAAUUCUUUAAACAAACAUUAUAUAAAGUAGUAGUCCGUGGUGAGCCUUUCCUCCCUCUUCUGUAAGUUUACCUCAUGCAUUUGUAUCUACAGACAAAUGUUCAUAACUUCUAUAACCAUGAAUAUUUUAAUUUUUUAAAUUUUUUGCAGACUCAGAUGCCAGACCCAAAAACAUUUAAACAGCACUUUGAGAGCAAGCAUCCGAAGGUCCCCCUCCCACCAGAGCUGGUUGGUGUGGAGGCGUAAACUGUCAGGUAAAGGCCUUGUGUAAUCAAAUUAUAGAAUUCGGGCAUGUUUUAUCAAAGCAGAAGUUUUGCAACUUUUCCAAGCAUUUGCUUUAUUCAGCCCUCCUCAUCACACACUCACACACCCAUUGUGACUCAUACAUGUGUAAAUUAAUCAUGGUGUCAAAUGUCUAGCUUUUUAUAAUAGCUAUUAUGACAGCUGUUCGAUUAGAUAAUUGCUAGAGUUUUCACUUCCUUAUAUUUUUAAGGUUAUUUGCAGCAAGCUGCUUGUUUUCUUAAGGCGUUUAGAGAGCUAGAAACCAAACAGCAGCAAACCAAUAUCUGAAUAACCGAAUUGUAGUAAAAUGGCAAUUAUGUGACUUGCAGAGUUGGAGUACUUGACCAAAAAGCAUAUUGGGAUGUUUCUUCUGCCUCCCCUCACCUUCAUCAAUUUUACUACUUGGAGUUUAUGCAAGAUAGUCUCCUGUAGUUUGCAUGCUACUUGUAGCUAUAUGAAGGAGUUUUCUAGUACUGCAGAUUAUGGGAUGUGCAAGGUGAAAUUGUGACCGAACUGCUAUUUAAAGAUUUUGGCAAACAAUGUUAAUUUUAUUUCUAUUCUAAUAUUUACUAAUUUGUUUUUGUUUUAUAUAUUUCAGAUUUCAUCUGAACAGACUGUUUUCUCCAUAUGAGCGAUAUUUUUUUUUUAUCAGACAGGGGCUCUAGAAACAUCCAUAUUUUUAUGCUGUUCCCUUCAUGUGGUUCAUACAAAAACCUAUGUAAAUGUACAGUUACUUACUAAUUUGUAAAUCGCAAGUCAGGCAAUUCACACAAAUUUUUACCGUUGUAAUUAUAUUAAUUUGAUGUCCAUAAUGUGUAUAAUUUGUUCAAUAAAAGUAGUACCUUGGUUUUAAAGGCUUGUGUUUUUAUAUAUACACUCUUCUAAGAAUCUGAAGUUGGAACACUAUUUGUGGCACACUUCAAUUAGUAAAUUCAAAAUCAUGAAUAUUCAUGAGAAUGAUCUUGCCUUAAGUUUACUAUAAUUCCCAUGUAGAUUGCAUAAGGCAGUUUGCCAAACUUGCUUCAAAAUGAAUAAACUGAAAUUAAGACAGCACUCUUUUGUUUUGCACAGGUUUAUCAAGUAAUCGGUAGGCACUUUAAAACGAUCAGUUGGAUAUCCAUUAACCAUAAACAUGGUGCCUGAAAUGAAUUUGAAUGUUGUAGGUUGGCAAUGUGACAAACAUGACUAUUUGCCUAAUGAGUACAGGCCGCAUAUGCCUUCAGAUCAACUUCAAUCCUUUUUGCCAUGCUGACCUUUAAGUAACAGAAAUGUAUGACUGUUUUAUAACAUUCAGGAAAUCCUGUUAUCUGACAGAGCAGGGAAUCUUUACAUUCUGCUUUUGAAUGUUUAGGUGAAAUUGAAAACCUUGUAACUUCAUUUGGGUUUCUUCUGGGUUAUGGGAUUAUCAGGAAACUGUCUUGCACCAUGUGAUUCACCUACUCAGAUUGCUGUCUGUUAGAUUCACACUCUGGUAUAUAACGAUGAGAAAAAAACCCUGACAAUUGGCAGAGAUUAAGGAACAUACUUUCAGUCACAUUUUCUCACAAUUGGCCUGUAAAAUAAAUCCCACAGAAGUGUAAAUGAGACAUGGGUGUGCAGCAAAAUGGUUGCAUCCAUAUACUGAGAUCCAGCACAAGGAAGAAAAGAGAAUUUAAACUAAAGUCAAG